AUGUGUGCCCAAAAUUGUCCGUCUGGAAUCACGCCUCAUCCGCUUCCGGUUGCUCCUGUUGCUCGUCAUGGCCGACCGCCGGGGCGGAUGAGGAUUGUUCCUCUUUCCUUUCCUUCUCUUGCUUUGAUUCCAAAAUUGCACGGUAUAUGUGGAUGGUCAAUUGAGGAAUUAGGGAUUUGUGACUAUAAGUUUUUCAUGAAUUUUCUUUCAUAUUUCUAUAUCCGAACUGUUGGAUUGAAUACCUAUAAGACUUCACUAUAUGUUUAUCACAGCUGA